AACCCCGCCUCCGCGUUUCCAUGCAUUGGCGCGCUUCGCCUCUGUGGCCGUGGCUCGUCGCUCCUCCCCGGGUGGUGGUGCUACAGCUGCUAGUAGACUGACUGUAGCGGGCUGCGGGUGAAAACACAGCAGGCAUGAGUGCAGCGGGUAGCGCUCGGCCCGGUUCGGUCCAGCAGGGACUUAAAGAGGCUCUGAUCGAGACGCUGACGGCCAUCCUGUCCCCGGUCCAAGAAGUGCGCGCCGCCGCGGAGGAGCAGAUCAAAGUGCUGGAAGUGACAGAGGAGUUCGGCGUCCACCUGGCAGAACUCACAGUCGACCCUCAGGGAGCACUUGCCAUUCGUCAGUUGGCAUCCGUCAUCCUGAAGCAGUAUGUGGAGACUCACUGGUGUUCCCAAUCGGAGAAGUUCAGGCCUCCUGAAACCACAGAUCAGGCGAAAGCCGCCAUCAGGGAGCUGCUGCCCAGCGGUCUGCGGGAGUCCAUCAGCAAAGUCCGCUCCAGUGUUGCGUACGCCGUGUCGGCCAUCGCCCACUGGGACUGGCCUGAGGCGUGGCCGCAGCUCUUCACCCUCCUGAUGGAGAUGCUGGUCAGCGGAGACGUUAAUGCCGUGCACGGGGCCAUGAGGGUGCUCACGGAGUUUACUCGAGAGGUGACAGACACCCAGAUGCCACUAGUAGCUCCAGUCAUCUUACCAGAGAUGUAUAAGAUCUUUACCAUGGCAGAGGUUUACAGUAUUCGUACUCGCUCCAGAGCAGUGGAGAUAUUCACCACCUGUGCCAACCUGAUCUGUGCUAUUGAAGAGCUUGAAAAGGGUGCAGCCAAAGCGUUGAUCUUCCCUGUGGUGCAGCAGUUCACAGAAGCGUUUGUCCAAGCCCUGCAGAUGCCCGAUGGGCCCACGUCUGAUAGCGGCCUCAAGAUGGAAGUCCUCAAGGCAGUGACAGCAUUGGUAAAGAACUUCCCCAAACCCAUGGUGUCCUCCAUGCAGCAGAUAUUACCCAUUGUGUGGAAUACACUGACUGAAAGCGCAGCUUUUUAUGUGAGAACAGAAGUGAAUGACACAGAGGAAGUGGACGACCCAGUAGACUCAGACGGUGAGGUUUUGGGCUUCGAGAAUUUGGUGUUCAGCAUCUUUGAGUUUGUCCACACGCUGCUGGAGAACAACAAGUUUAAGAGCACGGUGAGGAAGGCGCUGCCUGAACUCAUCUAUUACAUCAUCCUGUACAUGCAGAUCACUGAGGACCAGAUCAAAGUGUGGACAGCUAACCCGCAGCAGUUUGUGGAGGACGAGGAUGAUGACACCUUCUCCUACUCUGUCAGGAUCUCUGCUCAGGACCUGCUGCUGACGUCCAUUGACAUCCUGACCACAGUUGUCAGAAACACCAAACCCCCUCUGUCAGAGCUGUUGGUGUGCCAAGCGUUUCCUGUGGUGGCACAGUGCACCCUGCGCACCGAUGACAACGCGAUAAUGCAGAACGGCGGUGAGUGUCUGCGGGCGUACGUCUCCAUCGCUCUCGAGCAGGUUGCCCAGUGGCGGGACGACCAGGGAAACAGCGGCCUUUGGUACGUCAUGCAGGUGGUCAACCAGCUACUGGAUCCCCGGACGUCCGAGUUCACUGCCGCCUUCGUGGGCAGGUUGGUGUCCACUUUAAUCUCUCGGGCUGGAACUGAGCUCGGUGAGCAGCUGGAUCAGAUCCUCCGAGCGAUUCUGAGCAAGAUGCAGCAAGCCGAGACCCUCAGUGUCAUGCAGUCUCUGAUCAUGGUGUUUGCCCACCUGGUUCACUCUCAGCUGGAACCUCUGCUGGAGUUUUUGUGCAGCCUGCCUGGACCGACAGGGAAACCCGCCCUGGAGUUCGUCAUGACCGAGUGGAUGAGCAGGCAGCACCUUUUCUACGGGCAGUACGAGGGGAAGGUCAGACCUACCAUAGAACCAAAUUCCAGUGGUAUGUGGGAGGACCAGGGGGAGGACGAGGUGGAGGAUGAUGACGACGAGGACGAAGGGCUGGCGGGGCAGCUUCUUUCUGAUCUCAUUGCCGCUAACAAAUACGAUGACGAUUAUUACGAGGACGACGAUGAGGAUGAUCCAGAUGCCUUGAAAGACCCCAUAUACCAGAUUGACCUGCAGGCUUACCUUACAGACUUCCUGACACAGUUCGCCCAGCAGCCGUGCUACAGCAUGUUCUCAGGCCACCUCAACCAAGCCGAGAGACAAACCCUUCAGUCUAUAGGCCUCUAGCCCCGCCGUCUGCAGCUCCAGCACAUCAUCUUCCAUCAUCAGCCCCGUCACAUGACCCUCACAAUGAAUUUACAGCAAAAGAAAAAGAAAAGUUGAUAAAAGAGGAGGGGGAUGGGGUGGGAAGAGACUCAUGCACGUGUCCAUAGCUCUCCUGUUACUUCAUUCUUGUGAUGGGAUGAAGGACUCUGUUAAAACGAGCAGCGUGGCGAGGUGAGCGACUGCACCGGUCAGUUCCCGAAGAGAGUCUCGCCAUUUUGAAGGAACUUCAAACUGGCCGAGAAGGUUGAACCUUGAUGUAUGUACGGACUUUUUCGCCACGUGUUGUUUGUAAUUUAGCCCGUUUAUUUUUGUGUGUGUUUCUGUACAAACGAAACGAGCGAGGUGCGAGACGGAGAAACACUUCCAGGAGAACUUUACGUGGACUGGAGGAAAACAAAACACCGGGAUGUUCGAGAGGGAGAGAAACAUUGGCGGCCUUAUAUUCCAUAAAACAGACUGUUGACGACAGGAAAUGAAGCGCUUUCAGACCCGCUGUCGUGUAUCUGGGUACGGUGGGUAUUUGGGAAUUAACACUGUUGCCAUGGUGAUUCACAGCCUUGUCAUUUCCUUGUACCCAUUGGCGUUUGGGAUGAAAACAUUUCUAAAUAAAAGUCCCAGCAGGACAUUUUCAGAAUGAUCA